GAUUUUAAUUACGUGCCUCUUGGAACCUUAGCACAAUUACCCUUUCUUCCUUAACCUUAAACCAUCGGAGGUCAAAGACAAGACAGGAUCCACUUUAUAUUGUGUUCUCCAUUCCUCUUCGUAUUUCUCAAUUAUAGAUUUUUGGGGCACAUUUAAUUGUGAGUCAUAAUUGGAAGUUGAAUUUUGAGAAAAUAUUAAAAAAUAUAAUAUUUAUUAUAUUAUGAAAAGAAAUACAGAUUUGGAUUUUACGAAAAUAAUAAAACUGAUUUCGUCGUUCGUAGCUCACACAACUUGUAUGGACUGCUGCAAGUUUUUUGAGCUACCAGAAACAGCUGAGUGCGGCCACACCGCCUGUCAUUUAUGCUGGCGAAAACGACGCUCGUGCAAGUGGUGUGCGGCGGUUAUAAACCGCUCCACUAUAAAAGACAACGCUCUGGUGCAAACAGUCACGAACCAUGUACGGAAACUGUGUGAAGUAUUUGAAAAAACUUUUGAUUUUAAAGUUGAUAGAUUUUCAAUCGGGAAUAUUAAAAAAAUACUGAAAAAUGCAGUACUAAAUGACGAAUCAAUUUAUGAAAUCACAACCGUGAAUCAUAUCAAGAGUAUCGCACAAGUUCACAGUCACCCAUCUACGAAAAAAACUGUUUCUUCUCCAAAUGUGGUCGUUAAACAAGUAGCCCAAGUGGACUGGGAAGCAAUAGAGCAAUUGCCUGAAUUUGAUCAAUUUAUUGAUAUGCAAAACGUGGAAUAUGGUUCUGAAGCUACUAAGGCUCUAAAACGUUGUUUAAGGCGAUCCCAAAGGCUUUUUUCAAUAUCAAUUAGUACAGAAUCUGUAGAAGUAAUCUCAACUGCAGAAAAUUUGCCAAGUCCUGAUCAAGCACAAAAUGACACGAUAAAAACAAUUUUUUCAUUAAAAUCUAAUCGAGUUGUAAAAGGUGAUUGGGAUGAAAUUGAGAAAUUUUCUGAUAUAGAUGAUUAUGAUGUAAAACAGAUAAUAAAAAUAGGAAGAGAUCACACAACAAACGUUACCGAUUGGUUAGAAAGUUCACAUAGUUACAUAAAACCAUCAGUUUGCUCAGAAUUACAAGAUGUUAAAACUGUAACAAGUAUCGCGCAAAUACACAGUGAUACUGCUACGAAACAGUUUUCUAGAUCCCCGAAAGUUUUGAAAUAUAAUGUAGCUCAAAAUGAUUGGGAUAAAAUUGAAAAACUAGCUGAUGUUGACGAAGUAUCCAUAGACCGGAUAAAUCCCGAAACUGAUAUAACAAAAUAUGUUUCAUAUUCGUUAAUAAAUACAGAAAAAUGCUCAACUUUAGCCAUUUCCUCGGAAUCAAAACAAAAUAUAACAAAGUUAAAUUUCAAUGAAGUCAUACAAGAUGAUUGGGACAAAAUAGAGCAAUUCUCUGAAGAUGAUACUGUUAAUAACAAGGAAAGUAAAGAUAUCGAUGGUACCAAUGAAUACUCUACAGAAAAUCCUCGUCGAAGCUUGAGAAAAAGGGAAUUCAAAUAUUAUGCAGAGUGCCAUUACUACCCACUGAAUAUAAAGAGGCGAAGGAGUUAAAAGCAUAAAACGAUUUUAAUACUUUUUGUCGUUGUUACCUAUUUUGUGUAGCAUUACUAAUUUUAAUCAAAAUAAAAGCAAGGUAAUAAAAAAGUACGCUUAUAGACUUCUUUUAUU